AUGGGGGAAGACGCGAUGACUUCCACUGGAGGUGGAAACAUCUUGGUCUUCCGUGGAUGGGGCGCCGACAAGCCGGGCAUUUGCCAGGCCUUCUUGAAGCUGGUUGUGGAGCACCAGAGCGAGGUGUUGGACAUGGCCCAGUUCCUUCUUGGUGGUGGUUUGAUGUUCACCUUCGUACUCAAGGUGGCGGAACAGAGCUCCAUCGGCCUGAUGAAGUCUUUGAGCUCCUGUGCUCGAGAGCAAGGCCUGCAGCUGAACUUCCAUUUUCCCGACGCGGGGCAGGUGCCGGAAGCAGAGGGCGGAAACGAGGCGGUGCUGGCGCUGGUCUCCAGUGAGGCGAUCACUCCGGCGCUCAUCAUGGAUGUCGAUAAGGUGUUAUGGGGCCAUGGCUGUGUGGUGCUGGAGAUUGAACACCGAAGUGAUAACAUGAAGGAGCACAAUGGAGACUACAACAAAGUCCAGAUCCGGAUCAGAUGCCCAAUUGGAUUGAGGCUGGCGACGCUGAUGAUGGGUCCUCCUGCGGCCAACAUUGAGGGCUUACAGAAGGUGUGCUGGAAACAUGGUGCAGAGGUGACCAGUCGAUGGUGGGACGCCAUGAAUAGGCCCAACGGCAAGUCACUGGUGGUCUUCGGUCUCAGCCACGUGCUGUGCAAAGAAGAUGUCAUGGAUUUGGUGCUUCGAGAGGCUGGCCUCCCCACAGACGCAGGUGCGCCCGAAGAGAAGCUGGCGAUGCUGAAAGGCAAGAGCACCUCGUUGCUCCGGAAGGUCAUCGAACACCUUCCACUCACACCAGGGGCCAAGGUCGUGUGUGGGGCCAUGAAGCGCCUGGGCUGCCGAUUGGCCAUUCUGACCAACACAGGCCUGCGGGAGAUUGCUGAACAUGUGAAGAGCCAGCUGGGUUUCGACUAUGUGAUUUGUCGAGAUGUGGAAGAAGCGGAUGGCUGCUUUACUGGAAGGUAUUUGGGCGAAUUGUCCGACGUGAAGUUCCGCAAGACGGACUUGUUGAAGCUCAUGGCCGAGCGUGAAGGCGUGCGAUGUCAGAACGUCAUCACGGUGGGUGAGCCGUUGAAGGGGCUCAAGGCCGCCAAUGCCCGGCUCAUGUUGGAGACCUUUGGCCCCACGGUGUACUUCAACUCGGUGAAGCUCAAGGACCUCACCAUUGUCCUCUACCUCCUGGGCUUCAGCGGCUCUGACGUGCGUGCCUUGCGCAAGCGUCGCUGGGACAAUGGCCCUGGGGAGGCUAAGACGACAAGCUCUGUGGAGGCACCUCCCAGCAGCAAGCGCUUCAUGCUGCAGGUGAGUGCGCAGCAGCGCACCGCUGGUCAGUUGCAGAGCAUCUUCCAGCCCUUGGCACCCCAAGGCUCGAAUGUCCAGCUGACCACCAUCCGCCAAUGCAGCUUGCAGGACGGUGGCAUGUGUCUCGGCAUGGACCUCACAGUGCUGAAGGACGGCCGAAGCCAAGCGACACGAGCUGGGACUGGCAUAGGACUGCCGAUCAGGCCAGGGGUGGUUUGA